AAUUAUUAAAGAAGCCUGCGUUAAUAAUUACUCUGAAUUAAUCGUUGCACUCAACAACGGAGCUAAUAGAAUAGAAUUAUGCGAUAAUUUAUCCCAAGGAGGUACUACGCCUUCCUUUGGAACCAUAAAGAAGGCUGUUCAACAUCCAAUCGUUGUGAUGAUUCGACCAAGGGGUGGUGAUUUUGUAUAUACAGCUGAAGAAUUUGAAAUUAUGAUAGAGGAUAUCAAGAUCUGCAAAUCACUUGAAGUUAAAGAAAUUGUUACAGGCAUUUUGACGACUGAUUUUCGAAUUGAUAUGGAGAGAAUGAAAAUAUUACUCGAAAUUGCAUCCCCUAUGCAGGUAGUGUUCCAUAUGGCUAUUGAUGAUUGUCAUAAUUAUCAUGAAAGUUUAGAGUAGCUCAUUAGUUUGGGAAUCAAAAGAGUUCUUACCAAAGGGGGAAAGUAUAAAUCGGCCUUGGAGGGGAAGCAUUCAAUCAAAGAGAUUGUAGAACUCUUUCCUUAAUUGACAAUUUUAGCUGGUGGAGGAAUAACCAGAGAGAAUUAUCUAGGCUUGGUUUAGUAUUGUAAUUUAAAGGAAGUUCAUGGAACUAAAAUAGUUUGA